AGCUUAGCAUCAGGGACUAACAUUUCACAAUCACCCCCUUUAGAGGGAGGUGAGAUUGCCAGCAUCCCUCUACCGCUUGGAUCUUCUUCUGUUACCUGAAAGGUGGGCCCUCACCGCUGACAGAUGGCAGAUUUCUCAGUAUUUCUGGGGUUUCUGAAGCAAAUACCUCGGUGCCUCAGCAUCUUCUUCACCUACCUUCUCUUCCUUCAGUUGUGGGAGGUGAACUCAGACAAGGUCUGGGUGUUGGGCCCUGAGGAGUCCAUUUUGGCCCGCGUCGGGGAAGCGGUGGAGUUCCCAUGUCGCUUAUCAUCAUACCAAGACGCAGAGCACAUGGAAAUUCGCUGGUUUCGGGCCCAGGUCUCCAACGUGGUGUACCUGUACCAGGAGCCGCAGGGGCGCUCCAGCCUGCAGAUGGCACAGUUCCGAAACAGGACCUUAUUUGAAGCCUAUGACAUUGCAGAGGGAAGCGUGAACCUACACAUCCUUAAAGUGCUUCCCUCCGACGAGGGCCGAUAUGGGUGCCGCUUUCUUUCUGACAACUUCUCUGGUGAAGCCACGUGGGAGCUGGAAGUAGCAGGAUCGGGCUCAGACCCACACAUCUCCCUCCAGGGCUUCAGUGGAGAAGGUAUUCAGCUGCAGUGCAGUUCCAGUGGCUGGUACCCCAAGCCAAAGGUUCAGUGGAGAGGUCACCAGGGUCAGUGCCUUUCUCCAGAGUCUGAAGCCAUCACCCAGAAUGCCCAAGGCCUGUUCAGUCUGGAGACAUCCGUGAUUGUCCGAGGAGGAGCCCAUAGCAAUGUGUCUUGUAUAAUCCAGAACCCCUUGCUGCCCCAGAAGAAAGAAUUCGUGAUCCAGAUUGCAGAUGUGUUCCUACCCAGAAUGUCCCCCUGGAAGAAAGCGUUUGUGGGAACCCUGGUGGUCCUGCCGCUCAGUCUGAUUGUGCUCACCAUGCUGGCGCUGCGAUAUUUUUACAAGCUGCGGAGCUUCCAAGAAAAACAGGUGAAGCAGGGAGAGGAGGUCCGAGAGAAACUUCAGACAGAGCUUGACUGGAGAAGGUCUGAAGGCCAGGCUGAGUGGAGAGCAGCCCAGCAAUAUGCAGCGGAUGUGACCUUGGAUCCUGCCACAGCGCACCCUAGCCUGGAGGUCUCCAACAACGGCAAGACCGUGUCCUCCCGCCUGGGGGUGCCCAGUAUUGCAGCUGGGGACCCGCAGCGGUUCUCGGAGCAGACCUGCGUGCUGAGCCGGGAGCGCUUCUCCAGCGGCCGCCACUACUGGGAGGUGCACGUGGGCCGGCGCAGCCGCUGGUUCCUGGGCGCCUGUCUGGAGUCGGUGGAGCGCUCCGGGCCCGCGCGCCUGAGCCCGGCGGCUGGCUACUGGGUGAUGGGGCUGUGGAACCGCUGCGAGUACUUCGUGCUGGACCCGCAUCGCGUGGCACUGGCGCUACGCGUGCCUCCCCGGAGGAUAGGCGUCCUGUUGGACUACGAGGCCGGGAAGCUGUCUUUCUUCAACGUGUCUGAUGGCUCGCACAUCUUCAGCUUCACCGACACUUUCUCAGGGGCGCUCCGCGCCUACUUAAGGCCCCGAGCUCACGACGGCAGUGAACAUCCGGAUCCUAUGACCAUCUGCUCUUUGCCGGUUAGAGGGCCACAGGUCCUCGAAGAGAACGACAACGACAACUGGCUACAGCCCUAUGAGCCUCUGGACCCCGCCUGGGCUGUUAAUGAGGCAGUGUCCUGACCUCAAGGCCAGGUCCAAGCACUGUCCUGAACUCCUGGACAGCGCUUUGCUCUCCUGCAGCCAAAGCAGAGUCAGCAGAAAGAGGACAGAGAGAGAGGGCCUAUACAGAUGAAUGUAUAUAAUUAUCUUUAAACAGACAAAUGAAAGAUUGUUUGUGUAUAUAGCAGGAUUCUGGAGUGUGCAGUGUAGAAGAUGGGAAAGAAUCAUAAUUAUCCGCUAAUGUGUGUAUAGUUCUGUAUAGUGUAUAUGUGUGUGUGUGUGUGUGUGUGUGUGUGUGUGUAAUUUUGUGGAUCCUGCAAAAGUCUAGAAGUAAUGUCAUUUCAUAAGCAAUGAGUUCACCUUUGGCUCAGAAUACAGUUUAUAGCGACUUCCUUGAUCAUGUAUGUGGCAAUUCGAACAUGAAAUUCAAUAAUGGCAGUGAUGUGGCUGGCUGGGGGUAAGCAGUGGUAGAGUGCUUGCCUAGCCCGAGGGAUAGCACACAUCUUCAACUUCACUGCCGAUUUCCCCAGAAAAGUGCAUUGGAUCCCCCGCUCAGGUGGAGCAGGAUAAGGAUGGCAGGAAUGCAGCGAUACUCCUAAAACAUAAACAUACAUAUAAGUAACAUUUACAAACAGAAAAGGCUAUAUUUAGCAAAAUAUAAGUAUAUACAUAUACUCAUCUAAUAUCAUUAAUUUUAAAAGCCAUGAUUUUGAAAGAGAGCUAGAAGUGAGGCAUAGGAGAAUUUGAGGG